AUGGAUGAAUUGCUAGAUCGUUUGGAUAUAGUAUCGUCAAAGACUAUUGAUAAACAUGCACUAGUGGAAAAUGGGUUUUUAACCACUUCCUCGGUUUUACAGAAACUACUGUUGUCGGGCUUUAUCGCAAUCCUUAGUCCACCGCUUUCCAAUUGUUUCGUGGUUGACAUAUUCACCAUUGACAUCAAUAUGAUAAAGUGUGCAUUAGCAAUAAUGAGUCAUUUAAAUUGGCGAAAACGCCUUGCUUUUGAUCACUUCAUGGGACAUGGUGGAAGUGAUGGCGUCCAUGGAUACAUGUAUUCCCUUGAUGCUGCAGUCAAUGACUUGAAAAUUGUUUUUUUGUAUAGAAAUCAUGGGAUCUGUGACAAAAAUCCUUCCGUUGCUAUGCAUAGACCAAUUACAAGAAAGAUUCCUACUCAAAUUUCUAACCAAAACCAACCUUGUCAAGUGGAAACUAAGAAGCUAAUACAGAAUUCAUCAUCGAUUAUGAUUGAAAAAGUAUCAAAUAAGGUCAUUAUAGAUGUAGAUGAAUAUAUAGAAGAUAGUUCCUUCUCCGAUCCAAUGUUUGUGAAGCACACUGAAGCAAUUCUUGAUGAAGUCGAAAUCUUCGAGGACAUUGACUUAAUGGAAGUUGAGAUGGAGGAUAUUGUUGAAGAACUCAUUCUGGAUAUUGAUAGUUGCGACUCAAAGAACACACUUGCAGUUAUAGAUUAUAUCGAUGAUAUAUAUGCUCACUACAAGAAAACUGAGAAUUCUAGCUGUGUAUCUCCCAACUAUAUGGUUCAGCAAUCCGACAUCAAUGAGAAGAUGAGGGUCAUCCUAGUUGAUUGGUUAAUCGAGGUGCAUUAUAAAUUUGAGCUCAUGGAUGAGACAUUAUUCCUUAUGGUUAACAUUAUAGACAGAUUCUUAGCCCGCCAAAUUGUGGAACGAAAGAAACUUCAGUUGGUCGGAAUUACAGCCAUGAUUUUAUCAUGCAAGUAUGAGGAAGUUUCAGUACCGGUUGUAGAUGAUCUUAUUCUAAUUUCUGACAAGGAUUAUACAAGGAAGGAAGUUCUUUCUAUGGAGAAAUCGAUAGUAAAUACAUUGAAAUUCAAUAUGUCAGUUCCAACUUCAUAUGUAUUUAUAGCUUGGAUAGGAAGGUUUCUUGAGCUUCUCUCCUUUUUCUUGAUCGAUCUAUCCUUGGUUGAUCAUGACAUGCUUAGGUUACCACCAUCUCUGUUAGCUGUUGCAGCCAUCUACGCUGCUCAGUUUACUCUUAACAGGACUAGACAUUGGAGUAAGAUAACAGAGUGCAUUCAUAUUACUCAGAAGAUCAAUUACAGAUGGUUGCAGGUGGUUCUGGACUCGGAACAGUGAUGGAGUGGAACACAAAGACUCCCUUGCAGUGGGAUUGGGAGAAUUUAGUCAUGUUCAGUGGGAAAGUAAAUGAAAUUCCUAAGGCUUCGCAGCAACCUACUGACUGGGGUGUUGAAGGGGACGGCGGGGGGAAUUGAUAAUGGGUCUUUCUGUUCUCCGCCUGGUGGUGGGAGAGAUGGUGCUAGUGGUGGUGGUCAUUCUGGGUAUGAUUUGGAAAAUAGGUCUUCGUCUAAAAGUUCUAUAUCAGCAUCUAUUGAUUCUUCAGGGAAAGUAGGAAGUAGUAAAUCCAAGUUUAACUUUGACACAGUUGAAGAUUUUAGAUAGUUGAAAUUGUAAAUUGAAUUCACUAUUCCAUA